AUGUACAAUCCUGAACUCGCGAAGACAAUAGUGGACAAACUGACGCCAACUCUGCGUUAUAGAUACUACGACUUCUCAGCCAUGCAGCCGCGUGAAGACCCUUGUUUCAUCAAGAUAGAGAAGUUCUUCAAAAGCGAAGCAGAAUUGUGUGGACCCUAUGUGCUGUCCGAAGAGAUGACACCGCCUCCUACAGCCGCACCACAAAGGAAGAUUCAAAAGAUCAACAACGUGACUGAGAAGACAUACAUACCAAGGUGCGUCGUAUGUGAAGAUACGGGGCACACCAACGCCACAGAAUGUGAACAGUUCAAGAAGUUAGAUGCAAAUGCAAGAUGGGACAUGGCCAAAAAGUCCAAGCACCUCUGCUUCAGGAGUCUUCACUAUAGGAACAAGACACACCACUGCCGACCCAAGUCAUGUAAUGUUAACAGCUGCAAGUACUCCCACCACAAAAUGCUGCACUACGAAAAGAAGUCAGAAGAUACAGAAGCAAAAGAAAAUCAAGGGGCAACAGAGGUCAUCAACUCAACUUGGACCGUCAAGAAGCAAUCGUAUUUAAAAAUCCUACCGAUCCAGAUGGACGACGGUGAAUAUAAUCACUUACGCUACGAUUAUACAUAA